AUUUUUUAGAUUUUUUUUGGAACCACCUGUUGGGUGUAAUUGUUCUUUUUUUUGAAUUGUUAAAAAAAUUUCGGGGAUGUUUAGAUUGUUGAGGGGGCGGGGGGUGUGGGGGAGAUUCAGGACUUCUUCCAGGAGAUUUCAUGAAGAUGCUCCAGUCAUUGGAACUUCUCCAGAUGUUGAAUCUCCAGAGUAUCAGGAAAAUUAUUACGAGCUGCAAAAACUGGUGCACGACUUGAAAUCGACAGUGGAGAAAAUAGUGGAGGGCGGUGAAUCCAAAGCAAAAGAUCGACACCUGAGCAAAGGAAAAUUGCUACCGCGUGAUCGUAUAAACACUUUAUUAGAUCCUGAAUCGCCCUUCCUCGAGUUUUCACAAUUAGCUGGUUACGAUAUGUACGGGAACGACACGGUGCCAGCCGGUGGAAUAAUUACAGGCAUCGGAAGAGUCGAGGGACAAGAGUGUGUGAUUGCUGCUAAUGACGCGACAGUUAAAGGCGGCACUUACUAUCCAAUCACGGUUAAGAAGCAUCUGAGGGCACAGGAAAUUGCUGAUGAGAAUAAUUUACCUUGUGUUUAUCUGGUAGACAGUGGUGGUGCUAAUCUACCCCAUCAGGCUGAUUUGUUUCCGGAUAAAAAUCACUUCGGGCGAAUUUUUUACAAUCAAGCGAAUAUGAGCGCAAAGGGGAUACCACAGAUAGCAGUAGUUAUGGGGAGUUGUACAGCUGGUGGUGCAUACGUGCCAGCAAUGGCUGAUGAAAAUAUCAUAGUUGGUGAACAGGGUACAAUUUUUUUAGCGGGACCACCUCUCGUCAAGGCCUCAACUGGUGAAGUUGUCUCAGCCGAGGAUCUCGGUGGUGCAUCACUUCAUUGCAAAAUGUCUGGUGUAACUGAUCAUUACGCUAUUGAUGAUACACACGCCCUUCACAGAGCUCGCACCAUAAUCCGUCAUUUGAAUCGUCAAACACCGAUGGACGUGAAAAUAGAUAAAAAUAUUGAAAUACCAUUGCACAAUGUUGAUGAGAUUUAUGGAAUAGUCGGUAGUAACUUGAAAAAAUUGUACGAUGUCAAGGAAGUAAUUGCAAGGAUUGUGGAUGGUUCGCGUUUUCAUGAAUUCAAGGCUCAAUACGGGGAUACACUCGUAACUGGUUUUGCAAGGAUACAUGGCUAUCCGGUGGGAAUUGUUGCCAACAACGGUGUACUCUUUUCAGAGAGUGCACUUAAGGGUGCACACUUUGUUCAGCUUUGCGCACAGAGAAAAAUACCACUAGUUUUUUUCCAAAAUAUUACAGGGUUCAUGGUGGGUAAAGAGGCCGAGUCUGGAGGAAUUGCAAAGCACGGGGCAAAAAUGGUGACCGCCGUUGCCUGUGCGAAAGUCCCAAAAAUAACAGUAAUAAUUGGUGGAUCCCACGGUGCAGGGACUUAUGGAAUGUGCGGCCGUGCGUAUUCCCCUCGUUUCAUGUACUGCUGGCCCAACGCUCGAAUAUCUGUGAUGGGUGGUGAACAAGCUGCUGGGGUAUUAGCCCAAAUAGCGCGCGAGCAGAGGGAAAGAGAUGGAGGCAUUUGGACUCAACAUGAAGAAGAUAAUUUGAAGAAACCAAUUAUCAAACAAUUUGAGAAAGAGGGGAGCCCUUACUACGCCAGCGCUCGUCUCUGGGAUGAUGGGGUAAUUGAUCCAGUCGAUACGAGAAUUGUUGUAGCCAUGAGUCUGGCUGCUUCCCUCAAUGCACCUAUUCCAGAGAGUAAUUUCGGAAUUUUCCGAAUGUAACGUCCAAUUAAUUUUGAAAAAACUCCAUGGUAAACGCGAAUUGUUAGAGAAAUAAUUCUUGAACCAAAAGAGGCAGUGAAUUUAUUGUGAAAAAAGAAGUAUCCACUAAAAUUAAAAUAUCUUUGUUAAUUCCACAGAUAUUCGCCUUCGCGGGUGAAAAUAAAUUGUUACUGUUGACGUAAUAUUUGAAAAUUGCCUUUAUUAAAUUCAAAAAUAGCUGUUAUGAAAGAGAGAAUUCAUAAUUAAUCAUUAGAAAUUACACUUAGAAUUAAUGUAAUUACUCAACGACGUCGUACGACUAGUUCCUCAGCUUUCUCCACUUGCAAAAGCCAAUUUUACGUAAAAAAAAAAACAUGAAUAGUUAAAAAUGUAGCAGUCGCAGAGUGGAGAAACAAUCGAGUUAUUGUUUUUUUCAUUUUUCAUUAUUUAUCGUCAACAUUUCCUAGCGCGACUUCGUUCGUUUGUCCUCUAACACCUAUUGCAAUGAUUUAAACGUUAUUUUAGUAUCACAUUAAGUGGUUGAAACAUUUGGAACG